AUGGCAGAGGAGCGCCAAAAGCUAGAUGGUUAUUAUCUCGUUGAUACGAAAAAACAAUACGAAAUUACAAACCCUUCUCCUCUAGACAAUUUGUUGAGGCUAUAUAAUCUUGAACCAAUAGCGAAAUCAUUUGCAAGAACCAAUCCAGAUGGAAGCAAGGGAGUAAAGUUGAGAAAAUCAUAUAGAAAUCAUAUUCAGGAUUUGCCUGGAAAGCACCAGGUAUCUGCGCAGAAAGCAAUUCCGUCUGGCUUACUUGACCCAAUGGUGGCUCUGGCCCCUGAUUUAAUUAAAGCAAUGGAUUCUGAAAUGUUAGGACAAGCAAUGAAGUUUGAUAAAACUCCUAUAAAUGGUAUUCCAGGAUUCAAAACGUCUGAUUUAGCUAUUAAUGACCUACAAACCUUAAUGCGUGGCGAUGAUAUGUCGGAAAAUGAUGAUUAUGGCGGAGGGAAGAAGUCGAAGAGGAAAACGAGAAACCAGGGGGUAGGGCAUGAUAUAAAGAGACAGCAUGUAUGA